AUGAGUUUAGAAGGUCACUAUCACUCCAGCUUACUCACAUGCUUCUCAGAUCCUUGUUUAUGUGUUUGCGGAUUCUUUUGCACCCCAUUUCUUCAAUUUGCAAACGCUUAUUCGUUAAGUACAUAUACUCCAAAUUGCGUUAUUGCAUGCUGCUUGUUCAUCCACCCAUAUGCUGUUCGUCUUGAAAUCCGUAACAAGGAACAUAUGCCACUAAGUUUAUUCACAGAUUGCUUAGUAACCAACUUUUGUGCUCCCUGCGCUGUCAUUCAAGAUGCAAAAGAAAUAAAUCACAUGCGCUACAAUAUGAUGAGAUAUAAUCGUCCAUCAAGUAGACAAGUUUCACCUAGAAUGUAA